UCCUCCUCCUUCCGCACCUCAGAAAAGCAGAUUAUCUCUUUCUCUCCUUUACCCUUUCUUUCAUAUUGCUAGUUCUUGGAGGUCCUCUUCUCAACUGGAGAGCUUGCUGUAUGGAGUUGCAUAAACGAGAUUCAAAGUAACAUAUCAAGUUGGUCACUGGUGGUUACAAUUACUAAAUCAAAGCCAACAACUCAGUUAUUAAAAUGAGCAAUAUGAAGAUAGGUGUAGAAGUUGUCAGCGCACAUGACCUUGCUCCAAAAGAUGGACAAGGCUCUGCUAAUCCCUGCGUUGAGCUCAAAUUCGACAAUCAGAAGUUUCGAACAACCAUCAAAGAGAAAGACCUGAAUCCACAGUGGAAUGAGCAAUUUUACUUCAACAUUUCUGAUCCAUCAUCCCUCCCAAAUCUAUCCCUUGAGGCAUAUAUCUAUCACAUAAACAGAAACACAAAUUCAAAGACUUUAAUUGGGAAGGUCCCAAUUUCUGGCACCUCAUUUGUCCCCCUCUCAGAAGCAACUGCGCUUCACUACCCGUUAGAGAAACCCCAUAUUUUUUCACGCACUAGAGGAGAGCUUUGCCUCAAAGUAUUUCUCACUGAAAACCCUUCAACAAGUCCUUACAAUCCCCUUCCAGAUCUUGAUCCCUUUCCAUCUAAUACUCUUCAUGGUCAAGCAUAUCAGUCUGAACCUGAGAUCUCAAGUCCAAAUUCAACUUCAGCGCAAUUUAAGGAAAAGAGAACAGCUUCCACGCAUACCUUCAAUCACCUCCCUAGAGAACAAACAGUUAAUUUUGCAGCUAAUGAGAUGAGUUCAGGCGCUCCAAGAGAUGUAAGAGUGUUGUCUUCGUCGUCGCAGCAGCCAAUAGAAUAUCAGCUCAAAGAGACGAGCCCUUCUCUUGGAGGGGGACAAGUUCUUGGAGCCAACACAUAUAAUCUUGUUGAGAAGGUUGAGUAUCUGUUCGUGCGGGUGGCAAAGGCCCGAGAGUUGCCAAAGAAAAACAUCACUGGAAGCAUUGAUCCUUAUGUUGAAGUGAGGCUUGGCAACUACAAGGGAACUACUAAGCACUUUGAUAAUAAUCAGAACCCAGAAUGGGAUGAAGUUUUUGCCUUCUCAAGGGAACUGAUUCAAUCAUCAUUCAUCGAAGUGUUUGUCAAAGACAAAGAUGUACUCAAGGAUGACUUCAUCGGUAUGAUUCGGUUUGAUCUCCAUGAUAUACCACGACGAACACCUCCUGAUAGUCCACUUGCUCCAGAGUGGCACUGGCUUGCUGGCAAGAAGGGGGAGAAAAUAAAAGGAGAGAUAAUGUUAGCAAUCUGGUUUGGAACUCAAGCUGAUGAAUGUUUUCCAAUUGCAGUAAUUUCUGAUGCAGUGGCACCUGGUGUUUUGUUUCCAAAUUCAGAAAUCAGAUCAAAGGUUUAUCAUGCUCCAAGGCUAUGGUAUCUUCGAGUCGAUAUUAUCGAAGCACAAGACAUUAUAACAUCCGAAAAAAGCCGCAUACCUGAUGUGUUUGUUAAGUGUCAGCUUGGUAACCAAGUCUUGAAGACAAAGCCAAUCCAGGCCGGGACAGUCAGCCCUGUCUGGAAUGAGGAUCACAUAUUUGUUGCUGCUGAGCCCUUUGAUGAACCAUUAAUUCUCUCUGUACUUGAUCGUGUUAAUCCUAACAAAGAAGAAUCAAUUGGCCGAGUUCAGAUACACCUUGGCUCAGUUGAAAAACGCAUAGAAGAUAGAGUCAUUAACUCAAGAUGGUAUAGUCUUGAGAAGCAUGGUGUAGCAGAAGAAGAGCAUUCGAAGAAAGACAAGUUUUCAAGUAGAAUUCAUGUAAGAGUCUGCCUUGAUGGAGGCUACCAUGUCCUUGAUGAGUCAACCUACUACAGCAGUGACCUCCGGCCAUCUGCAAAACAGCUAUGGAAACCUUCCAUUGGGCUGCUUGAAGUUGGAAUACUCAAUGUAGAGGGGCUCCAUCCAACGAAAACAAGAGAUGGAAAAGGCACCUGUGACACUUACUGCGUAGCAAAGUAUGGACAGAAAUGGGUGAGAACUCGAACUAUAAUCAACAGUUUAAGUCCCAAAUACAAUGAACAGUACACAUGGGAAGUCUAUGACCAUGCCACAAUCCUCACUGUCGCCGUGUUCGACAAUUGCCAGCUCGAGAAAGCCUCAGUUGGAAUCAAAGAUGCCAGAAUCGGCAAGGUUCGAAUUCGACUCUCCACGUUGGAAGCAGGAAGAGUGUACACUCAUUCAUAUCCACUCCUCAUCCUCCAUAACUCUGGUUUGAAGAAGAUGGGUGAGCUUCAUCUUGCCGUUCGAUUCUCAUCCGCAUCGAUGCUGAACGCAAUGCUCGUGUAUUCGAAACCGAUGCUGCCAAAGAUGCACUAUAUCAGGCCACUUUCCAUGACUCAUAUUGACUUGCUCCGUAAUCAAGCUGUUCAGAUUAUAGCAGCAAGACUUAGUCGUAUGGAACCACCAUUAAGAAAAGAAAUUAUUGAGUACAUGUCCGACGUUGAAUCACAUCUAUGGAGUAUGAGGAAGAGCAAGGCAAACUUCUUCCGUUUAGUGUCAGUCUUCUCAAGCUUUUUUACUAUUGUAAAGUGGUUCAGUGAUGUUUCCUGGUGGAAGAACCCGGUAACAACUGUCCUCGUACACAUCCUACUGGUUAUGCUUGUGUGCUUCCCAGAGCUUAUACUUACCACAAUCUUCCUCUAUUUCUUCCUGAUUGGGAUAUGGAACUAUCGAUACCGGCCACGACAUCCUCCACAUAUGGACACCAGAAUUUCAUGUGCUGAUACAGCACAUCCUGAUGAACUUGAUGAGGAAUUUGACACAUUCCCAACAAGCAGGAGUUCUGAUAUAGUGAGGAUGAGAUAUGACAGAUUGAGGAGUGUGGCUGGGAGGAUACAAACCGUGGUUGGAGACAUUGCAACACAAGGGGAAAGAAUGCAGGCGCUGCUAAGCUGGAGGGACCCUCGAGCAACUGUAAUAGGAUUGAUUUUUUGUCUUGGGGCGGCCAUGGCGCUCUAUGUGAUACCUUUCUCUGUGGUGGUUGUUGCUUGUGGUUUUUAUAUGAUGAGGCAUCCCAGAUUCAGAAGUAAGCUUCCAUCUGCACCUAUAAAUUUCUUUAGAAGAUUGCCUGCAAGGACAGAUUUGCUGUUGUGAUUAGGAAUGACUAAGACUUCGUUUGUGACAGCUUUUUUCCUGCUUCUUGGAGCAACUUUUUAAUAUAAAAAUUAAUUUUUUUAUACUAAAAAGCUACUUCAAAAAGCAGUGAAAAAGCCGUCCCAAACGAAGUCUAAGGCAUAUGGUUAUAUCGUCAAUUUUACUUUAUUUGUGUCUUUUCGUUUGAUGUUUGCCACUUUUUGGUGACUGUAGCUUAUGAAUUUGGUGUGUGCGCUUUGUUUGACAUUACAUGCAUGAUUUUGUGCACUGAAAAAAUGGGAAAUAUUGUAUGAUGUAAUUAGUCAAAGUUUUCUCCCACCAAAUCUUGAUAAGAUAGAAUUGAGAUAUCCUAUUUGCAUA